AUGUCGCGCGUUAUUGCUGUUGUUGGCGCCACUGGCAACCAAGGCGGUUCAGUUGCCCGUUCUCUUCUUCAGAAUCCGUCCUUCAAGGUUCGCGCCAUUACGCGUGAUCCCUCCUCAAAGGCCAGUCAGGCAUUGGCCGCCGCAGGAGCAGAGGUGGUUCAAGCAAAUGGCUUCAAUAACGAGGAGAUGCUCCGCGCAUUCGAUGGUGCCUGGGGGUUCUAUGUCAACCUGAACUCGGAUGACAAAAUGUGGAGCGAUCCCAAUGGCCCUACUGAGUUUGAUCUGGGUAAAUCGAUUGUUGAUGCGGCAGCCCAGGCUGGCGUGCAAAAUUUCGUGUUCAGUUCGGGUCCUCCGUGCACUGAAAUGACGGGGGGGAAGGUGAGGAUGAAGGCUAUGGACAUGAAAAAUAAAAUUGAACAGUACGCAAAACAGCUCGGAAAAUUCCAGACAAUUAUCCCCAUCAACGCCGCAUGGUACCUAGAAAACUUCCUAGUGAAAGAGGUUGCUCCGGUUUUUGGUGGAUUUCCUCAUUUCCCCGACGAGGAAGGCUACUUGACAUAUCGAGUUCCUAAUUGGGGUGGAGACAACAAGGUGCCAUUCUUGAGUAUCACAGAUGACUACGUAACCGGGAAAAAGGCUCGAUUUCAGCCAAUUCUUCCCUCUUGGGAAGCCUUUGAAACUCAUGGUGUUCAUGAGUUGGAGGAUGUUAAGCUCAUGUUCGGUUUCACGCAAAUAACCGGCGGUCGUUAUUUUGGUCCUGAGCCUUCAAACAUCAAGACAUCUGCAGAAUUAAAACACAUAACAGCUACAGCACUAGGCCGACCAGAGGGCCAGAGAGAAUUGAUGUCUUCAAAGGACUGGUUUCGAUCGCAGUUUGCGUAG